AAAAGUGGAAUUGUGUUGGCAACAUCAACCGUGGUCUACCAUUGUCCGGUGUUUUUUUCCUCUAAUUGGUAUUUGGAUCAUUCCACUUCGUUGCAAAUGGGAAUUGAUACAACUUUUUCAGAUAUUAUCUAUGCAAAAUUUUAAUUUUAGGUGAAUUAUCAUAGUCAUACACAUUAAAAUUUGUAGAUAACUAAAAUAACCCCAAAAAAAAAUCAUAUAGAAUACAUAUUCCUUACACACCCCACUAAGUUAGUUUAUUGAUCAUGGAGCUAUCAAAGACAUUCAGAUUCCAAUCACAGAACCUCUCAUCCUUCAUACCUUUUUGUACCAUAAACAACAACCCUUUGAAGAAUCAACUACCCUUUACAACAAAACUCAUCAACAAUAAACCAAAGACAACCAGAUUAACAGUGACAGCAAAGAGAAAACCACCAAUUGAAGGGGUUAGUGAAGAGUUGAAUAAUAUAGCUUGUUAUAACCUUGAUUUUGCAUAUUCUAGAAGAAGGGUUCGUUCAGCUUUCAUUGAGGUUCACCAACAGCUUGAUCAUUGCUUGUUUAAGGAUGCUCCUGCUGGAAUUAGAACAGAAGAAUGGUAUGAAAGGAAUUCGAGGGGAUUGGAAAUUUUCUGCAAAGGCUGGAUGCCAGAGCCAGGAAUUCCAGUUAAGGCCUCUGUCUGUUUUUGUCAUGGAUAUGGUGAUACUUGCACAUUCUUCUUUGAAGGUGUAGCUAGAAGAAUUGCUGCAUCUGGGUAUGCUGUUUUCGCUAUGGACUAUCCAGGCUUCGGACUAUCAGAAGGAUUACAUGGUUACAUACCAAAUUUUGAUGAUCUAGUCGACGAUGUUAUAGAGCAUUAUACACAGAUAAAAGCGAGGCCUGAUAUGAGAGAAUUACCUCGAUUUCUGUUGGGACAGUCAAUGGGCGGGGCGGUUUCGCUUAAAGUUCAUUUGAAGGAGCCAAAUAAUUGGGAUGGAGUAGUACUUGUAGCACCAAUGUGUAAAAUUGCAGAUGAUGUGUUACCAUCUGAUGCAGUAAUGAAGGUGUUAACUCUUUUGUCAAAAGUGAUUCCAAAAGCAAAACUCUUCCCAAACCAAGACCUAGCUGAGCUAGCAAUCAGAGAACCGAGCAAAAGAAAAUUGGCUGUUUACAAUGUUAUUUGUUAUGAGGAUAACCCACGACUGAGAACCGGUAUGGAACUUUUACGGAUCACAAAAGAAAUUGAGUCAAAAGUAGAGAAGGUGUCAGCACCAUUAUUUAUUCUUCAUGGAGCUGCAGACAAAGUAACAGAUCCAUUAGUGAGUCAAUUUCUAUAUGAAAAUGCAUCUAGCAAAGAUAAGACUUUAAAGCUUUAUGAAAAUGGUUAUCACUGCAUUUUGGAAGGAGAACCUGAUGAUAGGAUAUAUGCUAUACAUGAUGACAUUAUCGCAUGGCUUGAUUCUAGGUGUUCAAUUAAGUGAGGUUUUUCCAUGCAAUAAUAUUUCUUUCAUCUUAGAGUCAAAUAAUACUUAUGUUUCAAUUGUUAAAUUCCUCAUAAGUGCAUUAUUCGUGCGAUUCAAUUUAUGUCGUAACAUUAUUGUGAUAUGUAAACUAAACAAUUUUUUCCGUUUUUAGAAGAUCAUAUAUGAUUUUAGUAUGUAGAACUUUCUGUCAGCUUGCACAAUGCCGGCAAUCUGUUUGUAUACAUGGUGUUGCCGUCAAACCAAACAUGUUAUCAA